AUGAGGGAUCUUUUCAAAGAAAUAUGCAACAGUGAACUUCCAUCUGCACACAGCAAUCUCUUCAAAUGGAACAAUGAGGAUUGGCACCUGUUCCACAUUGUGAUCAAGGCACCUUGUGUGGGCUGUGCAAAUGCCAUUGCAAGAGAAUUGGGCACAGCUGCAAGGGAGCAGUAUGGUGCAGCCUCUCAGGGCCUUCAACUCAUCAAUAUGCUCGAUUUGAUGGAAGUCAUUCAUUAUCCAUGUUCUGCCUUUGAAAAUGGUCCCAAGCCAUUCAUAGCCAGCCAAUCACACCCAUCUCACCAGUCUGUGGUAGAGAUGGGUAUCCUCUACUUGGCAUGCUGGAUCAAGGUGGCCUCUGUACAUCUGAAGCAGACUGCCAAUAUUGUAGGAUGGCCUGCACAUUGGUUUGCAAACCUAGCAAUGGACUUGAAUCAGCUUAAUAGCUUGAUUCUGGUGAUGGUGUUGCAUGCCAGUUAUACUCCUCCCCUCCCAGCAUGCUACCAUGCAUACCUCAGACACCAAGAUGAUGAGCUAAUUCCCCUUGGUGCAUUUUGCAUAAUCAACAAUAUCAGUGCCAUUGUCCCACAUUGGACCCCACACACAGCUGAUCCCAAUUCCAGCUUUGCAGUCCCUUGGUGGCUAUAUCAUUCUGAGGAAUAUGCAGUGGAUUCCCAAAGAUUGCAAGGCAAGGGAUUGUUUUCUGCAGCCUGGGAUUUUUUUAAGUUGAUGAUGGCCCAGCCUGAGGUGCCAAUUGCAGACCAUCUCAAUGGCCAUAUCAAGGAGCAGGUGGUGGGCAUUGCAUGGGUUGUUGGGCAUGCUGCUUCAACAGUUUACAUGUUUUUGACUGUGGAGUUGGUGGUAUAUACAUUGCUGUGA